UUUUUUAAAAACUCAAAUAAGAAAAUAUAACAAAUAUUUAAUUAUAUUUUAAACAAUAACACAUAUUUCAGAAGGUUAAUACUCUAUAUAAAUUUACUUUCAACAUUUAAAUUGUAAAGCUUUUGUGUGAAACAAUGUAUUAAAUGGAAUUAAUUAAGAGAACUUAGACAUUUUUAUCUAGAAAUUAAAAUAAUAACACACUAAUUAUUGUCAAAAGGUAACAAACUUACACCUGACAGUGACCUUCUAUAAACUUUGCCAUUAGGGGCAAUAACGUCAAAGGCUCGUACUUUACCAUCCCCACCUGCGAGAACCUUGGAAAUUCUAGCUAACGGCCAAUAAAGAGGAGGUGAAUUUGGUUCCUUCAAUAAUACUAUCUUACCUGUGAUAAGAUUAUUAAUGACAUUUAAUGACAAAACAAUCUUUCUUUGCGUCAAUUGUCAUUCCUAGCGCCUUGAUACUGCUGUUUUCUUUUUGAACUUCAAUUUCAUCUAACUGUCUCUCAUUGAAAGGAAUAUCAUUUAAUAUUAUAUUAUUUAUUGCCGAUAUAAAAUUUGUAUCGGCAAGCCAGGAGGCAGUGUAAGCUGCACCGAAGAGGAGCAAGCUAAAUCAGGGAUUUUGACGAGAAGACAAGAGGGCGAUACCAUUCGUAUCAGAAGCCGAUUGUCUUUUGUUUAUCCCGCGCGUGUGCUUCAAAUUUACCAUUCCAACGAAGACGUUUUUGGACGACGCGUUGCAGUGGCGCUACCUACCGGCGAAUCGCGAGUAACCUAGAGACUUUAUUUUACUAUAAGCUAGUUUCAAAUCUGUGUAGCAAAAUGGUAGAGAGCCAGGAGGUGCUUUCCCAUUUAAUAGGAAAGCGUCGUUACGUCAAAGGCUCACUUACAAGACUCUAUAACCAGUUGGGAGAAACCGAAAGACUGUCUACGGAAACUAUACAAUGCCGCUUAGAGCGUUGUGUUGUAGCGUUCCGCGAAUACGGCGAUUAUUGCGGCCGAAUUCUGGCAACUAACCCGGCUGAUGAAGAGGAUUCAGGGUCCAGCUUCAAGGAAGCUCUGAGGUUACUGGACCAGAGAUAUUAUAAUAAAUAUAAUAUAAUGACAGAGCUUUUGUCUACAUUGCUAGAUCUAGAUGUUAUUAGUAAACCUUCUCCUAGCAAUAUAAGACAUUUUGUGUCAACAAUUAAACAAACGUUGGCUGCCCUCAAAAAUAUGGAGGCGAAGGUAGAUGAAUGGGAUCCAAUUUUAAUGUUGAUUUUGACCCGCAAGUUAGAUGAACGUACAGCACGCGAAUACCAACUGGAUCGGGACAACACAAUGGACCCCACUGUGGACCAGCUUCUAGCGUUCCUUGAAAAAAGAGCGCUCGCUAUGGAGAAUGCUGGACAAUCCGCAGCCAAGUUGUUUACCACCAAAGUAGUCAACGCAGUGACCGCUAAGGAGAAGCGAGGAUGUUCAAUUUAUGUAGUGGACUGUAUUAUUAGGAUGGGCAAGGAACUUGUUAAAUAAACUCGCGAGGAUUGCACGUAUAAAAUUUGUAUAUUUUAGAAAUUUUAUAAAUCGCGUACAAUAGCACGGAUGAAAGAGAAUUGACAAAAUUAAGACGUUCUAAAAUUCAAAAUUAAAAUGUAAUGUCAAAAACCACAACCACAACAAUAAAAAAGGUUUUAUACCAAUUUUGUUGGGUUUCCAACAUGCUGCGGCCUCAGAAAUGAUAUAUUUUCAAGAAAGUUAUACAAUACUAAAUUAAUGUAAUAACUUACACUCAUCAUUUCUUUAUGGGAUAAAGACAAUCUUUAUAAUCAUGAUAAAAUUUAACAUUUAAGAAUUAACUUUAGACACAAAAUGAGAAAUGCAAAGAUAGAUUCUAAUCAGUACAUCAUAUUAAGAAUAGGUACAUUGAGGAAUCUUUAUACGUAGACAUAUAGCUACAUUCGUAUGUUCUGUGACCUUAUAAAUAAAAUAUAAAAUACAUUAAAAGCAUUUUUUAAGAUCAAGUUCCUUUUUUUAAAAACUCAAAUAAGAAAAUAUAACAAAUAUUUAAUUAUAUUUUAAACAAUAACACAUAUUUCAGAAGGUUAAUACUCUAUAUAAAUUUACUUUCAACAUUUAAAUUGUAAAGCUUUUGUGUGAAACAAUGUAUUAAAUGGAAUUAAUUAAGAGAACUUAGACAUUUUUAUCUAGAAAUUAAAAUAAUAACACACUAAUUAUUGUCAAAAGGUAACAAACUUACACCUGACAGUGACCUUCUAUAAACUUUGCCAUUAGGGGCAAUAACGUCAAAGGCUCGUACUUUACCAUCCCCACCUGCGAGAACCUUGGAAAUUCUAGCUAACGGCCAAUAAAGAGGAGGUGAAUUUGGUUCCUUCAAUAAUACUAUCUUACCUGUGAUAAGAUUAUUAAUGACAUUUAAUGACAAAACAAUCUUUCUUUGCGUCAAUUGUCAUUCCUAGCGCCUUGAUACUGCUGUUUUCUUUUUGAACUUCAAUUUCAUCUAACUGUCUCUCAUUGAAAGGAAUAUCAGCUAAGAUCUCAUCGCAGUUAGAUGACCAUUUAUGCUUUUGGAAGCCACCCAAGCUUAACAAACGUUUUAGCUGCUGUUUCGCCUCAUGUAAAGCCGUUAAAUCGUUAUUCGAAUAUAAAACAUCAACAUAAACACAAUUCUUUAUAAUGAAGGAAGCUAACGGUAAGUCAGCUUGAUGCAUGUUUGCAAGCUCGAGCAGACAUCUGGUUGCAAGGUAACUUGAGCAUUUUAAGCCGUACGUGACAGUAUCUAAGCGAAUGCACCGAAUUGGCUCAUCAAGCCAUCGCGCCACAAAAUGUUUUGCAGCGUAGUGUAUUCUGGAUUGACCAUAACAUUAUAUAUAAAGUAAUAAUUUCGAAAAGAUCUCUUUGCACUAUGGGACCAUUGAGUAAAAUGUCAUUGAGUGAAACUAUUUUUUGUCUUCAAAAUAUCUAUAUAUAAUCUAUCUAUUCGUUACCUUAUGUUGAGGUGACGGACCACCCGCAAUAAUGUGACCAAAUUUAGUGUUGACAAGCUGUGGCGUUCCUUUACUUUGGCUGACCGUGUUGACUAGAGGCUGGCGUCGCGUCGCGCACGUCGAGCUGGUCGUCGCCGGUAACAGUGCAGAAGUAACAUCCUCGCUUCUCCUUAGCGGUCACUGCGUUGACUACUUUGGUGGUAAAUAGCUUCGCUGCGGAUUGUCCAGCAUUCUCCAUAGUAAAAAAUAAAGUCUCUAGGUUACUCGCGACUCGCCGGUAGGUAGCGACACUGCAGCGCGUCGUCCAAAAAUGUCUUCGUUGGAAUGGUAAAUGUGAACCACAUGCGGGAUAAAAAAAAGACGAUCGACUUCGGAUGCGAAUGGUAUCGCCCUCUUGUCUUCUCGUUAUAAUCCGUGAUGUAGCUUACUCCUCUUCGCUGCAGUUUACAUUGCUUCCUGGCUUGCCGAUAUAAUUUAUUUAUUUAUUAGGUUUUCGCUCUUUCAAUAUUGCUCGCCGGCUUCGCCUCUGCGUGUUUAUUAUCUUUACAGAAUUCCUUUUCUUCGGCCGUAACGGACCAAUUUAUGUAGUGGACUGUAUUAUUAGGAUGGGCAAGGAACUUGUUAAAUAAACUCGCGAGGAUUGCACGUAUAAAAUUUGUAUAUUUUAGAAAUUUUAUAAAUCGCGUACAAUAGCACGGAUGAAAGAGAAUUGACAAAACUAAGACGUUCUAAAAUUCAAAAUUAAAAUGUAAUGUCAAAAACCACAACCACAACAAUAAAAAAGGUUUUAUACCAAUUUUGUUGGGUUUCCAACAAUGCCCAUCUGCAUAGAAAGGCAAAGAUAAGGCCUUUUUUUCUACGGAACUUACGGAAAAACUUAAUUAGAACAAUCAACAAUUAAGAACAAAUUUAGCGCAAGAUAACACAUUCACAAUGGCGCCAAUGAAAGUAAUUAUUUUACAUUGCUCUUUUGUAAAAGACAUUGAAUGAGCAUUGACAAACAUUGCCACGAUAAGAACCUGCA